GCGUAUUUAACGUCGAUUUAAGACUUUAGUAGAAAAAGAAUCUCCGCAUCGGCUUCUUUCUGCACCCCACCCACCAUGUUCGAUCUUCACGACCCUCAGAUUGAUCCCAGCGCUGCUAAUACCACGUCAUGCUUUAUCCAGCUUGCUCGCUGCCACGACCGCAUUACCUUUUACGACGCACAGGCCUGAACUCGUGAGGCCGAGGAAGGAGGGCUGCGGGCCUUGCUAAGCAGAAAUGGGGGGUAGACCAGGUCGAUCGAAAGGCUGCUUCACAUGCAAAAAGCGUCGCGUCAAAUGUGAUGAACGCAAACCAUGCUGCCUACGCUGCGAGCGAAGCGGCUUCGAGUGCGACGGAUACCCGGCCACCAGAUUCGUCCACGAAAACAGCCGUUUCCAGAUGGAAAAGGUUGAGCCUGAGCCCGAGUCUUCAAGUCUGGCUGCUCGUGAACAUGAGCGUGACCCGGGGCAGCAGGGCCUCAUAACAGUCGGCAGGACAAUCAGCCUCGCUCCAUGCCGUGACGAUAUUUCUCUCCACCACCUCCGGCACUCGCUGUUUCCUGCAGGCGCUUGGCCUGGCUUUGACGCUACCACCAACCAGACGCCCCUGGCAUAUCGUUGCUUGCAGUCACUUGCCUUGGCCCACUUCGGCAGGGUUCAGGCAGCGCCAGCCAUUUUGGAAGAAGGGUCGGUAUCGUAUAUCAAGUCUCUAUCCACACUGAAUCGUAAUCUGGCCGACCCGGCGUGCUGCACCCAGGACGAUACUUCGCUAUCGGUCAUGAUACUCGGAUUAUAUGAGAUGCUCGUCCUCUCUAGCCCCACCGGCUGGAUCACGCAUACCCUCGGCCUCGGUGCUGUCAUGGAGAUGAGAGGACCGUAUGCCUUCAAGGACAACCUGCUCCACUCGGUCUUCGAAACAACCCGUUUCCUCAUUAUACUCGCUUCUCUCGCCGUCUCAAAAACCACGUUCCUCGCACGCGAAGAGUGGAAGACCAUACCGUGGUCCGGUGACAUUGCUAAAAACCCGGGACAAGCUCUCAUGGACGUCAUCGCAGUCCUUCCAACGAUCAAGGAGCAGCUUCAGACAUGUCCCGACUCCCCCGAGUUGCCGGCUGCUGUGUUAGACAUCCUGACCAGGCUGAUAAGCUGGCGAAAAGAGUGGGAUUUACUGCCCGAGUCACAAACUGUGUCCAUUUCUCCUUCCGACGCCGGUGACCGUGGUCAAGACAUGUUUGGGUCAGACCUGCACUACACAAGCAUACUAGCAGCGAGCUACACAUGCCUCUAUGACGCCGCGCUGAUCCAGGCUGCCGAGGCACUCUUUUCCAUUCCACUUUCAGACACACCGACACCACUCAGUGAUAUGAGUGAGGCGGAUUUUGCCCACAUUCGAACAUUGUCUCGCGAAGCCGCAGUCGAGAUAUGCCGCAGCAUUCAGUAUCAGCUUUCCAGCGCGACACCCAUGAUGGGCCAGUUUAUGGUGCUCUAUCCGUUGCGUAUGGCUUGGAAAGCACUUGGAGGUUCGUUGACCAAGGAAGGAAAGUGGCUUGAAGACAUGCUAGCGAAGUUUGGGGACACAAAGCAAAGCUGGGAAGUGGCGAGGUUGACUAUCAAAUGGCGAGGAUGACCGCCCACGAUUGUUGUACACGUGUAUUGCAUAUUUAUACAAA